AUGGAUCCUCGUCUUUUGUCUUCGUCUGCGACUCCCGCCACUUCCUUUCGGCUGGGAGUGCACCGCGAGGAAGACACCACGCGGCCUCCGUCACUCGGACCGCCUUCUCGCCAUUCUUCUGGAGCUGACGCUUUGAAGCCUUCCUCAGGACCGGCUAUACACUCUCCCUCUGAUGGCUUUUCUUCACGGCCGUCGAGGCGAUCCACGCCUCGCUCCUCCCGUUCCCGGCGCAGCGCGCCACGCGGUCGCCUUCUCGCUUACAUUUUGUUCACGUGUCUGAUCUGCCUUGUUCUUCUUCUCUGCUCCUUCGUGGUCCUCCACACACCGGUUUCCUUCUCAGAGAAGCGCAGAGCCUUCGCUCCCUCAGUUGAACUUGCGGCUCCUUCGCCAAGAAAACGCAGAGACUCGGGGCGUGACGCCGCGCCUGUCGAUCCAGACUCUUCGUCAAGCUCAGGCAUCUGGGCCAUCCUCACCCACUGGCUGCGCUGGUCGUCGCGGGGCACUGCCUUGGUCUUUCAUAACCUGCAUGCCCACGCGGGCUCCGAGCGCACGCAGGAGACUCCAAGGACGGGCGUCGUCGAGCCGUCUUCGGUCGCUCGCCUCUCCAGCGAAGAGUGGGUGGAGACUGCCGACAGCCCAGAACGCGACAGACAAAAGAGCCCAGUGAGCUCGGCUUGGCGCGCCCCGCGGGUGCCUCGCCACAAUGGGGAAAAAGAGGGAGCCUCAGUCUCGCAGGAGUCUCCCGCAGGUGGAAGGCGAGAAACUCGCGAAAGAGACAGACCGAGACACGACGGAGACGGCCGCGGAUUUGGAGACGCCCACAGCGACGACGCAUUUCUUGUCGUCGUGGACGAAGAGGCAAAAACGUGGAUGGAGCGACCGGCCGGUGCGCCUCUCCGCCGCCGUGUGUGGUACCCGGUUGAGGAACCGACAGCCUCGCCCCUUUCUGGUGGCGGAGCCCAAGGGGAGGCAGCACGAGGAGGCGAGCACGGCGAGGCGGGUACGCCGAGAAACGAACGCGAAGCGCGGGCUGAGGACCUGGAAGCUUGGAGGAGGCACUUGAACCCCCUCGGGGACAUCUUCGUAUCACACGCCGACGUGUCCCUUUAUCCCGCAAAGCGCCUGUCGCAGUGUCUCCGGCAUCCUGCAUCCCUGGGGGACUUGAGGAAGGCGCUCGGAGGCGAUUUCAACAAGCUGGCAGCGAGCACUGCACUCCAGACGAAGACCGGCGAACUUGAUCCAGAGGGGAAGCAGCAGGAAUGGUCAAGUUCCAGCGAGGAAGACGACGCCCAUGGAACUGCCAGCUUCAUCGCCACCACCGCAAAAUUUGGCGCAAAUGACCGAAAGGGGACAGUGGAGAAGACGCAGCGCGUCGUGAUGGACCUCCUCCGGGAGCUCGAACACCACUACCCGUUUCCCGUUGGCGGUCUCUGGCCCUUCUCGGCCGCCAGCGGGAAGGCCUCCCGUGGCGGAGCUGAGCGAACAGCAGCUGCGCUGUCGCAGGUUCCCUCGCCGUCACCUUUGCUCUCGCCUCGCGAAUCUUCGUCGGAAGAACGGAGAACGCGUUCGCAGCCCAGGAGAGAAGGUUCUCCUUCGAUGAGUUCAUCAGGCCUUCCGCUCCGUCCUGUUCCUCCACCGCCGCCGAGUGUUGUGCUGCCUUUUCCGCUGCCAAACGCGGAGGUUCUUCGGCACGCCACUGAGCGACUCGCAGAGCAACCCCGCUCUCCCUGGGAGCCCGUCGAGGCGGACGCUGUGCCCCGCAGCUCAAGAGAGAGACGCGAGGGCGAGGGGCGGUCUGGGGACGAGGCGGCAACGGAGUUUCCUCACGCCUCCUUCCUACAAGACUUGCGCGACUUAUUCCUGCCUUCGUUUUCGGCCCGACUGCACCGUUCCUACAAAGAGAAGGACAGCGAUUCGGCCUCGGCCUCAUCCGACCCGUGCCACCCUGCGGCAGUCUUGGACGCCACGCGACUCGCACAGUCAGCAGACUUUGGCCGCGUAUCUCGUCACCCGGUGUCUGGGCUGGGUCUCCUGAUUCAACAAGAAGCCGUCGUUUCUCAGCUGGUUAACCACCUCGCCCAGAACUGGGCCGUGCAGGAUCCAAGACGAGAGGAGACUGGUUUCCACGGCGCAGCCACCGGGGAGGGGAACGUGGACGGAGACGGCCCCCACCGGGAACCCGGAGGCGCUGCGGCUUUUGGUGCGGUGCCGAUCUCUCCAGCUUUUGCAGCUGCUGCGAUCCUUGCAUGUUUCUUGGAAACAGAGUCGAGGGAGGCGCCGGUUUCAGGGACAGCGGCAGUGUCCAAGAGCUCCACCUCAGACAGAGGAAAGGCCGACCCUCUUCGUCGACGUCGUCACGCCCUCGGCGCGGCUCUGCGAGGCGCAGCGCUGCACUCAGCUCUUCUGCUGGCGACUGCAGGCGUCGGUUCAGCGAAUUUGAGAAGGGAAGGGAGGCGCGCACACACGGACGUCUCGGGCGCGGCAUCCGCCUCUGCGUCUUCUCACCAUCAGCGCCUCUUCUGGGUCACCUCUCUCCCUGUAUCUGUCGUGACUUCGUUCGUCCCAGAGUUCGGCGAACAAGACGUACCCUCCAGUCAGAUCGAGACGGCAUCGCAACUGCGAGAAGACGACACUAAGAAACGGAAAGAGACCGCGAAGAAUAGGCGUCAAAUCGGCCCAUAUCCACAGUUAGAAGCAAAUCAGAGCACCGGAAAAAACCCGAUGAAAUACGGCAGCCAGGCAGCCUCGGUGGUGCGUCUCGCUCUGGAUGCUCGGGUGGCGUCUUCGUUCGCGCCUCCAGUCGCCUUUGAAGCGCCGUCUUCGUUCAAGACGUGGGACUCCCUCUCUGCUUUAGCAGCCUCCUUGGAGCUGGCGGAAGAGGAAAACCCGUCAGCGUCGAGUCAAAAGCGUGGAGACCUUCAUCUUUUCUUCGAAGCUGCGCCAGUGCGUUUCCGUUCUUCGGCGUCGGCGGACGCGAAUCGACAAACACCCCUGGCAAAGGGCUUUGAUCCCGUCCGGGACACUGCUCUGCCUCCGGUGACCGUCCUUCAGCUUGCCGCUCUCACUGUCGCUAGCGCAGUUCCGGAAGCACGAGCACCGUCGAAGCUGCCGGAAGGGAAACAGGCUCGGCGGUCCGCCGCGCAGAUCGAGGGAGCAUGCGAGAGCGCAGCAGCGUUCGUGUUGCACGUUGUGCCUUGGGUGCUUCUUCCUGAAAUUCUUUCCUCUUCUCCGCUCUCGUUUUUCGCCGCCCUGGGAGAAAGCUCGGAGUUGCGCGACGCCGCCAAGCGGACGGAAAGAGAGGAGAGGCUGCAGGAGGCAAGGGAUCACGUUGGAGCCUGGGCGCGCAGUGACGGAACCUUGGGCGUGGAGACAACUGAACAGUUCGACGAGCAACUCCGAGAGACACUCAGACCCGUGUCGCGUUUUCGCGUCGAGCGCAUGCAGCACCUCAUAGCGAAGAUGGUGGACAGCGGCAUUGUGGAUUCGUCAUUUUUCGCUUCGUUUGCUCAGCUUCUGUCUCGGCACUCCUCGAUGGAACUGGGCGAGCUCAUGCUCGACGAAGGCACUCUCGGCUCGAAGGAGAGAGGAAAAGGUGGGAGCGGCUUUCUUCCGAGGAUGCGCGGAACGCAAAAGAGCCGAGAGCAGGCUCCAAGCAAAACUACGGGAGAGCACGCGGAAGGACCCAAAGGGAGCGACAACGUAAAUCAGGGGCUCGGGGGAGAGAAAGGAAAGAAGGGCGGCCGAGCUUUGCUGUUCGGAAGACGAGAAUUCGAUGUGGUUCUGUUCUCGCCCGCAACGUCUAGAGGGCCUCUGACCAAUCAGGUCGUCCUGGAUUUCCGCAGAGCCGCGGAAGCGAACAACGAGGAAGAGAGUUCGUUUCCACCCUUUGCUGGCGCAGCAGGUGGCGACGGCGGAGAUGCGGAUGGGACGAAGGACAGUCCAAGGAAAGAAGCCCGCCCUCGGCACCCCUUAGAGUUCCUAGACCUUGAGCUCUUUUUGUUACCAACCGAGGCGAGCACCUCGCCUGCCUCCCCAAAAGCGGCCGACCCAGCGAGCGAGCGGGGGAAUUCCGGGACCCGGACCGAAGGCACCGCGAAGCGAGGUGAAGAAGAGGAUAGAAUAGAGGAGAGCAGGCUGAUCAAAAGCGGUGCCCCCGGCUUUCAAGACAGCGCGGAGGACGAAGAGAGGGGAGAGUUUAGGCGCUUCCCCCAGGACAUAAGAAAGUUUCGCUCCUGGAUGCACGCCGCAAUGAAGAGCUUUUUCAUAUCAAGAGCAACUUUCUGCCUCUGUCCUCAGGAAGGCUGGCUCCCCUCACUGUGUAUAUUUGAGGCCCUCGCCCACGCGUGCAUCCCUGUUAUAAUUGGAGGCGAAGAGGAGCUCUGGCUCCCUGGGGGUUGUCUUUUUGAUUGGAUCCAAAUCGCCGUCUUCGUUCCUCUGAGCCGCGCCCCAUACACUUCGCUUAUUCUCUCGUUAAUUCCGGAAAAGGAAAUAUUAGAAAAGCAGCAAAUGCUGUGGAAGCUACGUCAACACUUUCUCUACGACUUAUCUCCUUUCUUCACAGCGGGGAGUUCGGGAAAUGAAACAGGGUCUUCUUCGUCAAUCGGGCGGCCUUCGUGGAAGAGAGGUGCGUUCGACUCUCCCGUGGUAGAUGCUGGGAAGCUCGCAUUGCUUGAGAUUGCCUUGCGAGCACCCUUCUUUGACUACCAAGUGAACAAAACUCCUGGGGAGAGAUGA